CGGCGUCAAAGAGAAGGUCGAAAUCAGCGUUGAGGGCACAGCGAAGAUCGAGGAAUGUUGUAUCACUCGACCUUAUCGACUCAUUCGAGUUGAAAGAUGGUAGAAUGCAGUUUUGACCGGUGGCGCUGAGAGUUGUACCUGGGUCGAAAAUAAAUGCACGCUGGUUACUAGAAAAUGCUCGCUUAUCGAAACAAAGACCGCGAGAGGAUAAGAAUUCAAAGGGUCCCUCAGACGAAGAAGUUGCGACCGUUGCUGUAUGUAAAUUUUGUAUGGAAUUCCCAUUUUUUUGGUGGUUAUUUUGUAUGCGUUUCCAAUUUUUUUGGUGGUUCUUUUUGGACUCUGAAAUUGGUCGUGCGCUUCUGCAGAGUCCGCCGUCCGCAAGGCGGACUGCUGCAGAUUAAAAAAGAGGCUUUUCAGCCAACAAGGUGUCCAGGGCGCAGAGGCCCUGGCAAGUAAGAGAAAGGCUAAUAGCCUUCAAGUAGGGUCCCAGACUCUCUAUUGUCGUACAGGGUUGACGCUGCAAAGCUGUUGAUGGUAGUGAAAGAAACGGAGG